AUGGGCUUACAAACGGCAGCUGCUCUAUCCAGCAAAGCCUUCAAAUAUUGGGAUUGGUUCGUACCACAAAUCGCAUUCACGUCAAUCCGUCUGUCCCGCUUAUCAGUACCGAAUCAGUGUUUACAUUAUUGGAACGGCGUGAUCUCCGUCAAAAUAAUGUCCCCAUUAGACUACAAAGCGCCACAACAAAAAAUGACAAAAAUAUCGACAGAUAGGGAUAGCAAGGCCAUCUGUGGAUAUUGA